GUGCAUUCCCAGUAUUCCCCUAGGAUAUCUCUACAUCUAUAACUGCGCCUAUCUCGUUUAUUUCCCUGUUUAAAAUAUAGUAUUAACACCAUACCCCGGGUAUUGCGCCUUGGGUAGUCGUCAUCGUCUGCGCUCCUCUCAUCUCCUCAGUCGGAUCUAGAUUCCGGUAGGUGUCAGUGUGGUGCGGUGGAAAUCUCCAAGGGUUUUUUAUUGGGGAUCUUGUUCGGUCGAUCUCAUCUCAUGGCCUCGCGAAUUCCACCCCUCCUAGACACCUAUCUUCGCCAACCACCCGAAACAUCGCUCAUCCUCCUCAGUGGUGUCUUGGGAUCGACUACGAAUUGGCUCGUCCUCCGUUACCUGUAUUCCCUACUCUCAAUUCCGUCUGACCGUGUAGCGGGACAAGAUAAUCUCGAUGUACACAAAGCGGACGAUACGAGCGUAGUUCUCGUCAGUUUCUUACGGGACUAUUCUUUUUGGAAGGAAGGUGCCGGAAAACUUGGCAUUGAUCUCGAUGCGCUAGCUAGAAAGGCGAAAUUCGUCUUUAUCGACGGUCUUGCCGACAUAUUUCAUAAGCCACAGACCUCUACGACGAAACGCUCCCCAGAAAUUACAUCCGGGAAGAAAGUCUUGUCUGGCAUCACACUUCAACUACUAAACAAAGAACUUGGAGAUGCUAUUAGCAGUGUUCAGCGUUCCUCUUCAGAACAGAAAACAGUUUUAAUCAUCGACCAUUUAGACUUACUCCUUGCUGCCUCCGGAGGUGAGGUUUCAAGCCCAGGGCUACAAGAGAUGUUACUUGGCAUUCGCGAGAAGGUACACUCGUGUAUUAUCACCAUAGCUGCAGAUGAGCCAUUAAUAUCACCACAAGCGACACCACUGGAAAAGGAGCAUGCGGCACUAGCGAUAUCCUUAGCCCACGAUGCCUAUUAUGUUAUUAGUUUGAGGAUGCUUAAUACGGGUACGGCAAGGGACGUAAGUGGCGUGGUGAGGGUUACAUCAGGCGGUGGAAAUAACGACAUUGGCAGGGCUGUAGAGGAACAGGAGCUGUUAUACUUCAUCACUAACGAUGGUGGAGUGAGAGUGUUUGUGCGAGGGUAGUUAGUGACUAUUAUGCCAGAUCCUAAUUAUCAAAAAUGCAGUUUCUGUUCC